AUGGCAAAACGACACACUGUCCGGAGGCAUGCCGGCCCGAAAUGGACGGAUAGAAAGUGCGAGGAGCCGCCGACGCUGGUAGGUUACUGUUCGGUUUAUCGCUAUCAGACGGAGUACGCCUGACGUACUGUAGGUAAAUAGAGUAGUGUGCUUGGAGAGAAUGUUCACGUUCUUUCUGUAGGUCCGUAAUUCAGCAUUAUUUGGAAUUUCAAUUCAUCUAGGCGUACUUACAACCAAAGUACACUUUAGUUGCAACAACCGUUCCCUCAACCUUCUAGUUUUUGUCUCGAUCGCCCUUCCGAUUAGCACUUCCCGUGUGCCCUUCUCCGUCUUGCACUAGGUAGAAAUGGCGAUCGUCGUGGCUUGACACUGACCCGCUUUCCCGUCGCACUUUCCCGAGAAUAUCUGUUGCGCAAGCAAUUGUCUACAGUGUUCGCAAGGGGUCAAGAAAACGAGAGAGAAACGAUAACUGGCAUCAAUAAUCAACUAGCAAUCAAACAUUUCAGAAAGACGAUCUGGCGUCGUGGAUGCAGCUUUCAAUGAGUGGCCAAUUCGACGAUACGGCUCUCGAGGAAUGGAGCACAAACGGAGAGGAGCCGGCGAUUUGUGAGAAGUCCCCGAGGGUCGAGGGAAGCACUUCGAUCAUGGAAAGGGCGCUCUGUCCGUGGGAGAGCAGGUACGAAUACACGAAGAUUGAUGGAAACACCUAAUUGUGCUCAUGUUUCAGAGUCAAUUACCAAGAGAGUCGUGAGCCGAAGCUGAUCGCCGAGUCGGUGUGUCUUUGCCGGAGAAGCCGUGGCUCCACCGGCGCCUUCUGCAUGCCCAUCGUCCGCAAAGUGCCGAUUCUCCGUCGCGUUUCCUGCGAUCGUGCCACCGGCUACUGGAACUACACGCGCUCCACCGAACUGAUCACCGUCGGAUGUCAUUCUGUCCUUCCCCGAACUCAGCGAGCAGCCCGUCUCGCCAACCUGUCGGCCGAUCGAUCGAUUGCCGUCUAA